AAGACAAUUUCAGCCAAAUGCAGGUAUCAUAACAAGAUCGAACAUGCUUUGAUCAGUUAGAUUGGUUGGAUUUAUCUUUGUUUAUUAUCGUUUCCACUUGAAAUCCUUGGAUACAAUAUAAAAGAAGAAUAUGUUAAUAAAAUUGAACAUUUUCGUUUUGGAGAGCAUAGUUAACAAAAGUCGAGUAUUGCCCUGAAAAAUGAAUGCUUUGCCAGGGAUUGGAUUACUUUUGGUCUUUACCUGUCUCGGACUUCCUGACAUCACUAAAUGCCAAAACACAGCAAAAGUGUCUGCAGUGGUCUGUCAAAAUGCAGGAACAGAGUGUGAUAAUAUUGACCAUGCAGACUGCGGCGACACUCAGAAAUGUAAAUGUAACGCUGGUUACAAGGAAGACACGAAUGACGGUAGCACAUGUGUAAAAAUAAUUGGAGGAUCAUGUUCAGGAACUGCUGCAUGUCCUGGUGACGCAAAUACAGUUUGCAAGAAUUCUUUAUGUGUAUGUGCUGAUGAUUAUGUAGAGAAAACCAACGUCUGCACAAAACCAAGGGUUUCUUCGAUAGCGUGUCCUACAGGUAGUGAGUGUGAUAAUAUUGAUCACUCAACAUGUGACACUCCAACUCAUAAAUGUAAGUGUGGUGCCGGUUAUGUUGAAAACUCUUCUGAUGGGGAUACCUGUGUUCAAGACUCCCAACAGACCAAACCUCAAGUUUCUAAUGUUGUGUGUUCAACCACGGGAACUGAGUGUAGUGCUAUCCCGUUUGCAGUAUGUGAUAAACCUACCAACCUUAAAUGUAAAUGUAAGGACGGUUACAAGAAAGAUUCAAAUAGUGGAAGUACUUGCAUUAAAGUGCUAGGAACUCAUUGUUCCGGAAGCAGUGACUGUACAGGUGCCACAUAUUCAGCCUGCACAAAUUCUAAAUGCACGUGCACCACAGGUUACAGUGAGAGGGACAAUGUUUGCAAAAAAUUGUUGAAUACUGUCACGUGUUCGGCAAAUGGUAAGGAAUGUGACAAACUAGACCAUGCUGAAUGUGAUGGUAAGGGAAGGUGUACAUGUUCGGCUGGUUUCACAAUGAAUGUCGACCUCUGCACGGCUAAGAAUUCAGGUACUACUCUGACAAUGAAACUCGGUAUCUUUGUUCUACCCGUAUUGGUUGCAAUUCAUGCGGUAUUCAAGUGGUAACGUAAGGAGUAUUAGCUGAAGAAUGUCAACAGCUGACUUUAUGGUUCGGAUUUUUUUCGGAAAGACUUAUUUGUAGUAUUCACUAUUUUGUUUUAAAGAGUGACAUAAUUUAUUUAGUGGUUGAAGUGUUUUUGAAAGGGCUAAAAAUAUUAAUUAUAUACGAAAAAUUAUUAUCUACAAAUCUACAAAGUGGAACAUGUGAAAAAUUAUUCAGAUAUCAUAUUGAUUACUUGCUAUUAUUUUAAAUAUCAAAACGAACAUUGUCGUUGAAUAAUUGCACGAUUAUUAAGACCAACCAUUUACUUAUAUGUAUCUAUGAUUUUCUGUACUUGAUAUUACUUGUUAUUUACUUGAUUGUGAGAAAAACAAGAAGAUGUAUAAAAGUACAAGAAGUAUGAUUAGAUUUAUAAGUUAAAAUAUAUUAAAAGAUAAACAGAUGUACAGACAUUAAAGCUUUCAAUCUACUGGCGUUUAUUUAUUCAUUUUGUACGUAUAUGUCUUCAAAUAUUGUUUAUAAUAAAGGUUUGUUUAAUUUUAA